AGUAUACGGAAAAUAUUGUCACGUUUCCUAUUAGACGUUUCAUUGUGAACUGAAUUUGUGAUUCGAAAAGGCAAUGGGAAUCAAAAUCCUUGAUUAUAUACAACCGUUUCUGGUUAUUGUCCCAGAAGUCUCCAAACCUGAAAGAAAGAUUCAAUUCAAAGAAAAGGUAUUAUGGACGGCUGUGACGUUGUUUAUCUUCCUUGUUUGUUGUCAGAUACCUCUCUUUGGCAUAAUGUCCUCUGACAGUGCUGACCCUUUCUACUGGCUGAGGGUAAUAAUGGCCUCCAAUAGAGGAACACUAAUGGAACUUGGCAUAUCACCUAUUGUUACCUCAUCUAUGAUAAUGCAACUGCUGGCUGGAGCAAAGAUCAUUGAUGUUGGUGACACCCCAAAGGACAGAUCACUGUUUAAUGGAGCUCAGAAAUUAUUUGGCAUGAUAAUUACUACAGGACAAGCCAUUGUGUAUGUAAUGACAGGCAUGUAUGGUGUCCCCUCUGAAAUGGGCAUUGGCAUUUGUAUGCUCAUUGUACUCCAGUUGGUGGCUGCUGGACUGAUUGUACUCCUACUGGAUGAGUUGCUGCAGAAAGGAUAUGGACUAGGCUCUGGUAUAUCACUCUUCAUUGCUACUAAUGUCUGCGAGACCAUCGUUUGGAAGUCCUUCUCCCCUUCAACUAUUAAUACCGGACGUGGUACAGAGUUUGAGGGUGCUAUCAUUGCACUGUUUCAUUUACUAGCCACCAGGGGGGACAAGACUCGCGGCCUGAGGGAAGCUUUUUAUCGUCAGAAUCUCCCCAACCUCACCAACCUACUGGCUACCAUUUUAAUCUUUGGUGUCGUCAUAUUUUUCCAAGGUUUCCGUGUUGAUUUACCGGUGAAGAGCACCCGCUAUCGUGGACAGCAAGGGACAUAUCCCAUCAAAUUAUUCUACACUUCAAAUAUUCCCAUUAUCCUACAGUCUGCUUUAGUCUCAAAUCUCUAUGUUAUGUCUCAGGUUCUCUCGAGUCGUUUUGCUGGCAAUUUUAUAGUUAAUUUGCUUGGAGUGUGGGAGACAGUUGGAGGAGGUGGACCUGCUCGUUCUUAUCCUGUUGGCGGCCUCUGCUAUUACAUGAGUCCUCCUGAAACAUUAGACCAUGUUCGAGUUGAUCCAAUACAUGCUGUCAUUUAUAUUGCCUUUAUGCUCGGGUCUUGUGCCUUCUUCUCAAAAACGUGGAUAAACGUUUCUGGGAGCUCAGCUAAAGACGUUGCAAAGCAGUUAAAGGAGCAGAAUAUGGUAAUGAGGGGCCACCGCGACUCAUCAAUGGUUCAUGAGUUGAACAGAUACAUACCAACAGCAGCUGCUUUUGGUGGCCUGUGUAUCGGAGCUCUCUCUGUCAUUGCUGAUUUCUUAGGUGCUAUUGGGUCGGGUACUGGUAUACUGCUUGCUGUCACCAUUAUAUACCAGUUCUUUGAGGCUUUUGCCAAAGAGCAGCAAGAGAUGGGCAGUUUUGGCUCAAUGUUCUUCUGAUGGACUUCAAUUCUCCUUUUAGGUCCCAAUGAUUAAUUAUUAAUAUUUGGAUUAGGUCUUCAAAUUGACUUUUGUAAAGUGACAGCUGCUGUAAGAUAUUUUGCACAGAACUCUGAAAUUUUAAUAAUUAUUAUUGUUAAAAUGCUGCAGCUGAAUAAAUUUAAUAAAAAAAAA